AUGGCUGACGAUCGUGAAGUAGUUCAUACUGCCGUCGGCAAAGAUGUGAGAAGUCUUCGCUGCUGCGUGGCGUGCCACAACGCAGCAGACUCCCUCAAGAUGAAGGUAUUGAAUUGCUUACACGCCAUGUGCGUCCCGUGUCUCGGACAACAUUUGAGCAAAGAUGGAACGGUGUCGUGCUUCAAAUGCCUGACUGUGGCAGCAUCAGGUAUGCCAGGAGUACGACUACAAGACUCACUCGCCGACUGGCCAGUUCAAAAGGUAGAGGUGAGAGGCAAGGAAGGUAGCGAGCUGCAAUCAGAUCAUUCAGAGAAACAGCGCGUCUGCCAGGGCGUGGAAUGCGAGGGAGAAUCUUCCCCAGCUACCUCACUAUGUGUCGACUGUGGAUUAUACAUGUGCGAGGGACAUGAGAAACUACAUUUGAUGAAGAGAAGCUGCCGUGAUCACCAACUCCAGUCAGUGCACACAAUGAGAACGGCAGCCGACCAGGACGGCACAGUCGCUGAUUCAGAAUUCCUCCAUUGUAGCCUGCACCCUCGAUUUCCUGUGAAAUCCUACUGCAAACAAUGCGAACAGCUCAUAUGUGAGAGGUGCUGCGAACAGCUUCAUGCCAGGUGUUCACUGAGCGUUGAAGAGAUUACCACGGCAGCUGAGAGAAAACGAUCUCUGUGGAAAUCGCUGCUAAGUGAUUGUAGCGACUCGUGGAGGGAGCAUCUCAGUGACAUGAAUGUCAACAUUGCAGCAUGCACUGCAGACAUCAAUGAGAAGGUGGAGGCAUUGUCAGGGGAGAUUGUAGCUGAUUUCAACACGCACAUCAAAAACCUGCAGCGCAGACAAGAAGAUCUUCUGAAUGAGCUGGACGCUCGGCGCUGGAAAGCACUGCAAGACCUGGAGAAGCAGUCCGACAUUGUGGAAAAGAGAACGUUUCAACUGGAUUGCUGUGAGCAUCUCGUGCAGAACCUUGACAACAGUAAUUUCUUGACUGCAGAGAAGAUCCUGGAGACACAGAUCAAGGAUGUUUUCAAUAGCAACGAGGAAGCUGAUACCAGUGAUGAUCAUCUAGUGGAUAUUGAUUUCACUGUAUCCUACCGUGCAUUUGCGGAUGAUGGUGAGAGGAAGCGUACAUCACAGCUUGGAUAUCUUGUUGACUCUGCGUCCUGCACAGAGCAAGUGAAGAAGAACGCUGUACGCGUGCAGCCAGUGUUCGAUCCAUUUAGCUGCAAGCCUGCACAGUUCUCUCUAUCGAGUGAUGGAUAUGUAGUAUCGCAUACCGCAUAG